UCAAUUUGUCAAAUGUCAUAACGAAAAUUUUAUUGAUUUGAUACCUACUCGACUUAGUAUUUAUCAAAAUAAUUUGCAAUGGCUUUAUAUAUUCAAAGAGCUGCUCUUCAAUAUGCUAAGCAAAAUGCUCGUUUAGCAUCGCAUGCGGCAACAGCUGGUGGCCACGGUGGUGGUUGGAAAUUCUGGAGGAAUGUGUCCUUCUUUGUGGGAUUCCCUGCCGUUGGUUUGGGUAUGCUGAAUGCUUAUCUUGCACACCAAGAAGCACACCAUGAACGCCCACCCUUCAUUCCCUAUGAGUACUUGCGUAUUCGUACAAAGCGUUUCCCAUGGGGUGAUGGCCAGAAGUCUCUCUUCCACAACCCUCAUGUAAAUGCAUUGCCAACUGGAUAUGAAGAUGAUCAUUAAAUUUAGUCUUAAAAUGUCUGUAUUAGAAAUUUGAAGUGUUAUUGUGAAGAGAAUAAAUCUGAAAGUAACAUGUUUGAACUAGAAUUAUGUGUUAAAUAAAUAUUUAUGUAGGCAUAUUGUUAUA